CAUUGCGCAUGCGCCCCGCGCGAUUCUUCUUAUAAACUCAGCCAAUCCAGCUCUAGCUGAUCUCGCGGGGGCUGUUGGGAGUUGUAGUUCUGGUCCGAUGUGGGUUGUGCGGAGGGGCCAACUCUGCAGGGUGCUGUGGGGCUCUCAGGCUCCAGCUGCCUCUUCUCUGCGCCGUAGCGCAGAGGCCGGCUCUCUCCCCGGCCCACGCUGCUGGAGUUGUGGCAUCUCUCUCUCCGAUCGUGGGGGGCUGCCUCGCUUCUGUCCGGCCUGCCAGGCCCUGCAGCCGCCGGAGUCCCAGCCUGACCUCUUCCGCCUUAUGGGCUGCGAUCGCUCAUUCAACAUCAAUGUGCAGCAGCUACAGCAGCAAUUCCGGAGCUUGCAGCGCUCCCUGCACCCUGAUUACUUCAGCCAGAGACCCCAGAAAGAGCGGGACUUUUCUGAACAACACUCUUCCUUGGUUAACAGAGCCUACCAAACCCUUCUAAGUCCCUUGAGACGUGGAUUGUACCUACUGGAGCUGAAUGGAGUGGAACUGGCAAAAGGGACAGACAGUGACAUAGAUGUGGAGUUCCUCAAAGAAAUCAUGGAAAUCAAUGAGACACUGGCAGAACCUAAUAAUGAGGCUAAAAUAGAAGAGAUUGAGAGUUCCAUUGCAGUUAAACAAGAAGAAUUGACCAAGGAUGUGAGCAAAGCUUUUGAAAGAGAUGAUCUUCAAGAAGCCAAGAAACUUCUAGCCAAAAUGAAAUACUUUGAAAACUUGGAGGACAAGGUGAAGAGCAAGAAAAACUCUUCCUGAUAUCACAGUCUUUGCCAUUAAGAUCUGAUCUACUUUUGAUUAAAGUAGUGAUUGGUAGUUUCUGAUUCAGGAACUAAAAGGAGCACAACCAUUGUGUGCCUCUUAAUUUUUUUGGUCCUUCCUUACCUACGGAAACAGAAGAGCUGUGUAAAAGACAUCCAUGUACUACCCGUUGUCAUUAAAUGGCAUUGGAAGUGGAAUGUUGCUGGCAGUAAUGACCCCGUGCUCCUCCAUUCCAACUGCUAGCUUUGUGGCCACAACUCCUAACUCUCAAUAUUUAUACCUUCUAUAUCCCAAAGUGUAUAUCUACCUAUCCUUAGUGGACAGUAAAUGAGUAUGCAGAUCA